CGCCCGCCCCCUUCCCCUGCAGGCCGCGCCAGCCCCGCGGGGGGCCUCGGUGCUCUGUCUUCGAGCGGCGGCGGCGGCGGCGGCUGUUUCGCAGCCCGCGCUCCCUUCGCGCUCGCCUUCUCCUCCCCUGGCCGCUCCUCCACUCCAUCUUCCUUUUACUUCUGGCCGCCGCCCCCCCCGCCCCCUCCUUCUCUUCUCCCCUCCUCAUCUGCCUUUCACCUCCCCGUGCGUCUCCCAGGAAGGGAGGGCGCUUCGGCGGCGGCGACUCGAGGAGGCGGCGGCGAUGCUGGCGGCGGCGGCGGCGGAGGAGGACAAGAGACAGCUCCCUUGAACGUCCCCCCCAGCAGUAGUCACCGCGGCGGCGGUGGCAGCGGCGGCGGCGGGCGGCGGCGGCUCUUCCUCUCUCCUGCGCUCCAGGGCUUGCUGCUCCCAGCACGCGCCGGGCCCCGGCCGCCGCCGCCGCCGCCCCGGUUCCCGCUCGGCCCCUCCGUCGGCCGCGCGGGCUCCCACGGCUUCCCAGGCGCCGGCGGGGGCUGCCCCGGCCCCGGCCCCGGCCCCAGCCCAGGCGGCGGCGGCCGAACUCUCCGGCGGCCCCGAGGCGCCGGCGCCACCCUCGCUGCCGCGUUCCCGCUGCUCUUCGGCUCCGACAUGGAAGAUGGACCUUCUAAUAAUGCGAGCUGCUUCCGAAGGCUGACGGAGUGUUUCCUGAGCCCUAGUUUGACAGAUGAAAAAGUGAAGGCAUAUCUUUCUCUUCACCCCCAGGUAUUAGACGAAUUUGUAUCUGAAAGUGUUAGUGCAGAGACCGUAGAAAAAUGGCUAAAGAGGAAAAACAACAAACCAGAAGAUGAAUCGGCUCCUAAGGAAGUCAGCAGGUAUCAAGAUACAAAUAUGCAGGGAGUCGUAUAUGAACUAAACAGCUAUAUAGAACAACGGUUGGACACAGGAGGAGACAACCAGCUACUCCUCUAUGAAUUGAGUAGCAUCAUUAAAAUUGCCACAAAAGCUGAUGGAUUUGCACUGUAUUUCCUUGGCGAGUGCAAUAAUAGCCUUUGUGUAUUUACCCCGCCUGGAAUCAAGGAGGGAAAACCCAGGCUCAUUCCUGCCGGGCCCAUCGCCCAGGGCACCACCACCUCUGCCUACGUGGCCAAGUCUAGGAAAACACUGCUGGUGGAAGACAUCCUUGGGGAUGAACGAUUUCCACGAGGUACCGGACUGGAAUCAGGGACUCGUAUCCAGUCUGUUCUUUGUUUGCCAAUUGUCACUGCGAUCGGUGAUUUGAUCGGUAUCCUUGAGCUGUACAGGCACUGGGGCAAAGAAGCCUUCUGCCUGAGUCAUCAGGAGGUCGCAACGGCAAAUCUUGCCUGGGCUUCAGUAGCAAUACAUCAGGUGCAGGUGUGCAGAGGUCUUGCCAAACAGACUGAGCUGAAUGACUUUCUACUCGACGUAUCGAAAACGUAUUUUGAUAACAUAGUUGCAAUAGAUUCCCUACUUGAACACAUAAUGAUAUAUGCCAAAAACCUGGUGAACGCCGAUCGCUGUGCGCUUUUCCAGGUGGACCAUAAGAACAAGGAGCUGUACUCAGACCUUUUCGACAUUGGGGAGGAGAAGGAAGGAAAGCCUGUCUUCAAGAAGACCAAAGAAAUAAGAUUUUCAAUUGAGAAGGGCAUUGCUGGUCAAGUGGCGAGAACGGGGGAAGUCCUCAACAUUCCGGACGCCUAUGCCGACCCGCGCUUCAACAGGGAGGUCGACCUGUACACGGGCUACACCACACGCAACAUCCUGUGUAUGCCCAUCGUGAGCCGAGGCAGCGUGAUCGGCGUGGUGCAGAUGGUGAACAAGAUCAGCGGCAGCGCCUUCUCCAAGACGGAUGAGAACAACUUCAAAAUGUUUGCCGUCUUCUGCGCUCUGGCCUUACACUGUGCCAAUAUGUAUCAUAGAAUCCGCCACUCGGAGUGCAUUUACCGGGUCACCAUGGAGAAGCUGUCCUACCACAGCAUUUGCACCGCGGAAGAGUGGCAAGGCCUCAUGCGCUUCAACCUUCCCGUCCGUCUUUGCAAGGAGAUUGAAUUGUUCCACUUCGACAUUGGUCCUUUUGAAAACAUGUGGCCUGGAAUUUUUGUCUAUAUGGUUCAUCGCUCCUGUGGGACAGCCUGCUUUGAGCUUGAAAAGCUGUGUCGUUUUAUCAUGUCUGUGAAGAAGAACUAUCGUCGGGUUCCUUACCACAACUGGAAGCACGCGGUCACGGUGGCACACUGCAUGUACGCCAUCCUCCAGAACAACCACGGGCUCUUCACCGACCUCGAGCGCAAAGGACUGCUAAUCGCGUGUCUGUGCCACGACCUGGACCACAGGGGCUUCAGCAACAGCUACCUGCAGAAAUUCGACCACCCCCUGGCCGCUCUCUACUCCACGUCCACCAUGGAGCAGCACCACUUCUCCCAGACCGUGUCCAUCCUCCAGUUGGAAGGGCACAACAUCUUCUCCACCCUGAGCUCCAGUGAGUACGAGCAGGUGCUUGAGAUCAUCCGCAAAGCCAUCAUUGCCACAGACCUCGCUUUGUACUUUGGAAACAGGAAACAGUUGGAGGAGAUGUACCAGACCGGAUCGCUAAACCUUAAUAACCAGUCACAUAGAGACCGCGUCAUUGGUUUGAUGAUGACUGCCUGUGAUCUCUGUUCCGUGACAAAACUGUGGCCAGUAACAAAACUGACAAAUGAUAUAUAUGCGGAAUUCUGGGCCGAGGGCGAUGAGAUGAAGAAGCUGGGAAUACAGCCUAUUCCCAUGAUGGACAGAGACAAGAAGGACGAAGUCCCACAAGGCCAGCUCGGAUUCUACAACGCGGUAGCUAUCCCCUGCUACACCACCCUCACCCAGAUCUUCCCGCCCACAGAGCCGCUCCUGAAGGCCUGCAGGAAUAACCUGAGCCAGUGGGAGAAGGUGAUUCGUGGGGAGGAGAGCGCCGUGUGGAUCUCCAGCCCGCCCGCGGCCCAGGGCACCUCGGAGAAGCUGCCCGUGAAGAUUGAUGACUGAGGCCGCGGACGCGCUGCCCCGCCCGCCAAGAGAUGUUCAUCCUGCUUCUUUGACUUUUCUUCCUUUUAUUUUUGUGGGGGAACCUACACCUGGUAACUGGGAUGCAAACCUCUUCAAGAAGGUACCACCAAGUACGUUUGCCCGCAGAUGGCUCCCUGCCAGCCUCCUCUGGGACGCGUCAGAGACGGGGACCAGCCAGGACCACCCUGCAGCCAGAGAUCGGCUGUCCUGGUGACUCCACUGCCUUGUGAACCGGCCUUUCUAAUGGGCUGACAUUGCUGAGGCCUUAACAGAAACGGACACUUAUUCUGAAGGGGGUACUUUUCCACUGUGUCUGUCUUUCCAGUGAGGUGAAAAUGGUACCGUUAGGAUAUUGUACGUUGGCUUUAACCCCAGUGUUGCUUUGAGGUUGUUGGUUAUAAAUAGGAACUUUUACACAUUACCCCCGUGGAUGUUCGUGUGUGACCUACUUGUGAUGAGCGUGAAUCGUGCAGACAGCCGCAGACAAGUGUCAGGGUUAGAGCAAGAAGUGGCUUUGUGCAAAUCAGUGAUGGAAAUAGUCGGAUGCUCGAUUCAGAGCCGCAUGAAUGGAGGUUCGGUGGACUGACGCGUACCCGUUAAGUUUCUGCCAAAGGGCGUAGACGAGUAAAUCGAACACUGAGGAAGCAGGUGUUCCGUCCCCUUGAGGAGCGCUGCAUAUAAACAUCAUCGGCACCUCGGCACUCCAAGGACCCGGUCGAAAAUGGCAGAGAAUGUUUUGGUUUUUUUCUUUAUUGUAGUCUUGGCAAAUUUCCGAAACCCUACGUAAAGAACAGAAGAGAAACAAAGCAUAGGAGCUUUUCUCAAGGGACAAGUUUUAGGGACGCAAAAAUGUGAAUUUUUAAUGAUGAUUCCUUUCAUGUUUUCACUUGAUGUUACUGCAACAUUUUAGACACAUUCAAAAUGCAAGAUUUAGUCUACAGAUCACUUAAUUAGAAGGCCAUACAUUUCCCUUAAAAUCAAAUUAAAACCAUCAAAUUCAAGCCUGGAAUCUUGCCUUUGACCUGCCUGCCACACGCCUCCCGUCUGUCCCGCCCUCGCGCUGCUCCUCGGCCUUUCGGCCUUUCGCAGCUUCCUGCCCUCGGCAGGGGAGCAGGACUUGACGGGACCCGAGAUCAAAUAUCUACAUAGAGACCUGUGGCUGCAGUUUCUUUGGCAUCAUUUUUGGUAGGCUUGUAUCACUCUACUAUGUAAAUGUUUAAAAAAAUUAUACAAAGGAAUAGCCUGGACCCCUUCCUACAAGGAUCAUAAGCCAGUCACUUCUGAUGCGUAUUAACGCUCUCAAGAUCUUUAGCACAACGACUCCGGCUUGAUGACCGCGGAGGCUGCGCUCAGCCCCGCCCUGAAGGAAUCGGAGCCUCGAGAAGGGCUAGGCUGACCCAGAACACAGGGCUUGUCCACUUGUCUCGGAGCAGGAAACUGGAAUGUCACUUUUCAUAGUCAGUUUUUAAAAAUAUUCUUUAACUUGUCCAAUACUGUACACAUUGUUGUUCAUAUGAGCUUGGUUUUUGCAAAAAUUAUUAAAUCAGAUGUUUCUAC